GCUAACUUUCUUAUGCAUACAUACAUUUAAUUCCUUUAAUACUAGAAAACUGCUUUAUACAUUUGAUAAUAUUCAUAUAUAUAUAUAUAUCCCACUUAAUUCCCCUCCCCUCUUCCUUCUUUAUUGUUGCUUAAUAUCGCGUCACAAAUAAUGACUUUAGAUGAACACUAUAUUUGUCAAAGAGCUGCCAACGCCAUCAUCUCCGAGAUCGGGCCUUACCGUGUUUCAACUGACGCUUUACAGGCUAUUAACCAAUUUCUCGAUGAAUUUAUAGUCUUGUUAUUAACAUCUUCAUUAUCGCUCGACCUUUCACAAAUCAAAUCUGUCGUAUUUAAUUUGCUACCUUCUACAUUGGGAAAAAACGCUAUUGUAGAAGCUGAGCUAGAAGUAAAGACAUUUACGGAAACCGAGUCAAUUGAUUAUGAACUGUAUGAGCGUAUGCGGAAUUUCAGUGGAAGUGAAUUUCCAUUAAGUGAAGCAUUGCCCUUGUUGAGAGAGAAAUGCUUUGAAUACUGUACUUUAGCAGACAAGGAGGAUCAGCUUUAUUUGCAGAAUUCUAUUCGUCAGAAAAGAAAUGAACUGGACAUGAAUGUGAUCAUUUCACCUAUUGUAGCUAUUUAUGUCACAACAGUCAUGGAGCAUAUUGCAGAAUAUUUAUUGACGGCAGUGGCAAUGUCAGCAGAACAUGAAGAUACAGACUAUGUGCGUGUCAAGGAAGUGUUUCUUGCUUUAGUAGAUGAUGUCCAGCUAGGCAAUGUGUUUGGACGUAUGGAUCUAAAAGACAAAAUGGGGAAACGAGCAGGAUUCUUGAAUAAAUUACCUCAGCAAAACAGAAAGAGUGUUCCAGUUGAUCAACAGAAUCCUGAAACUGGUUCAUUUUUGGACAUCACAUUUGACGACCUUGAUUUGGACUACCUUGAACAAAAUCCCCGCAAGAGCACCAUGUCAGUUCAGUCCAGAGUGCCUGAACAAUCACGACCUCAGUCGAUUAUAUCUAAUUACACAAACAACAAUAGAAAGUCCACUUUUCACUUGUUUAAAAAUAACCGUAACUCGUUCAGUACGGAUGUGCUACCACGUGCUUCUUCGCCCGACCCAAGCACUGUGUAUGACCCAGAUACGCCCAUGAAUCUAAACUUUGAAGAUUUGAUAAAAUCAGGUGGAACUGUCAAAGUAUCAUUGACACCAAACCGCUUAAGAUCCAUUGAGCCCACAUCUCCUUUGUCACGUCAAAAUAGCUCAAGUGUCCAAAAGAAGCAUGAGGAGAUGGAAGUUCCCAAAGUGAAUACUCGUCCUCAAACACCUUCUUCACUUGGCAGAAGUACAUUUACAGUGAAUGAAGCCAACCGAUUUGAAAGUCCUCGUGAAGCACCUAAACCGCCCAUGGCUGCAGAUCCUACGGUUCCUGCCACCAUCCCCUUAGCAGCUCCUAUGACAAGACAUGAUUCUAUCAAGGCCAAGGUUACAGCGCCUUUGCCUAAGCUGCCUUCUACACCAGAAGCCAUGGAUACCAAACCAAGCAGCAUUUCUUCUGUCCAAAGCAAUGGAUCCAUUGUGUCAGAUACUUCUUCAGCACCCAGUAGCACCACUUUGGCUACAACAGCUUCAGUCAAGAGCACCAUCUCUUCUCUAGAGCAGCCACCUUUGCCUAAACCCUCCAAAAAUGCUACUCCUAUCAACACAAACGGAAUGGUCAUUCGCCGUAGUAGUGUAAGUAGUAGAAAGAGUCGAGAAAACUUGCGCAAAUUGAAAGAAGAAGGUGAAAAGCAACAAGCCUUGAUAGAUGAACCUUUGCCUACACCACCUACAGAUAUUCCUCUCUCUCCUGUUCCUCCUUCUAAAAAGGAACGAGAAGAAGUGGUUGAAGAAGAAAAGCAAGUGUUGUCAGAGGAACCUCAACCCAUACCAGAAGAUGCCAAAGAAAGCAAAACACAAGGGCCACCUGAUACUGUUAUGUCUCGUAUAAAAGAGAGCGAUACACUUGAACGUCCUUCGAGUAUGGUAGCCAAGCGUGCAUCUAUGGUUGGCAACAGUCGUCGUCGUUCUUUGCAUGAAAGCUACGCUGCCGAAAAGCACCAAGACAUUUUAGUACGUCAACGUAUGCCUGCGGUCGGCUCAGUCAGUGUCUCUGUCAAACAAUGGGAUGACAUCCUUAAGCCUGGGGAACAACAACCAGAUCUAAUGCCACCUGGUUCUCAUCGUCGCUCAGUACUUAGACAAUUGCGCCAACAGCAAUUGAAAGAACAACAAGAGAUGUUGGAACAACAAGGUCAACUUCCUCCACCUCCUUUGAAUUCUCUUUACCAUAACCCCAAUGCUUCCAACAGCAACACUAUUUUAGACAAAGUACUCAAGUUUGAACGUGCUUCCUCGCUGGACGAUGUGGCACAUCAACGCGUCUCUCAUAUGCCUCGUCGAGAACGCUUUUUGUAUUUGCAGCAGGACCCUUCUGCUAUUGAAAGAAAAUCAGGUGUGUUUACCAGCAGUGGACCCAAAGCAAGAAACUCUGUACUCUUGUCCCGUCCAAAAGGGGUAGAUCAAGGUAUCCAAACAGAUCCUAUUGAUGAUAAAGCCAAACAGAAACGUAAGCAAAAAGAAGAUAACGAUGAUGAAGACGAGCAUGGACUUAUUGAUGGUGACGAAGAAUGGUUUCUUCAAGAUGAUGAAUGGGACGAACAAGAAGAAACAGCCAUUGUAGAAUGGUUAUUAGGCGAGUAAAUACAUGUUGUAAUAAAGGCUUUCAAAGCUUUGUUUCUCAAAUUAAUUGGCCAAUCAAAUCUCAAUACAUCAUUUGUUUUAU